AUGGGCAGUUGUCAAUUGAGCUUAUCCGAUCAUCCGCAAGUCCUAGCUGUCCUAGCUGGUGAUCAUCCCGGAUCAGCCGAAGGCAACAGUGCAGAGUCCGUGCCAAAGUACGACAUGCGCAGAAAGUGUGCGUGGAUCGAGUGCACGCUACCGAAAGAUCGUGCUUCGCCGGAUCAUGUUCUCGGAUCCUUGCGUCAGGCUGGGUGUCUGUGGCCUCUGGCUCUGAGCAUUUGCUUAGACCGAACCCACCCCUUCAAAGACGAAGAUGCACCGCAACCAAAGAAGUGCCCGGAAAGCCGAGGCCUGAGAAGUCGCGUCGAUGCUUUCCUCCUGGGCUCUAUGGCUAGGCGCGGCUGUUGCGGCCGUGGCCUUCGCCACUCAGGUGGGGCCGGGGAAAGGGCGACCAGCAUCCUGGAGGUGGAUCUGGAUCCAGGUGGAUGUGGCUUCAACUGCUCAGGGGAUCAGAGCGCCCUGCUCCAGCGCCGGCACCUACAAGUGAACCAAAGAGCCGGCACGGCCAUGCCCGCAGAGCUCUGCAAGAGCCUCCUGCGUGCUAUGGCAGAUCCGGAGUUGAAGCGCUCGAAGCAGAUCCUUCAGUUCAUCUGCAGUGAACCGACUUUGCUGGAGUCUAUGCCGGACUUUUCCGAGGGCUGCAUCGCCUUUCCCUCCAACGACUUCAUGGCCUUCUUCCUGGAUCUGCUGGAGCACCCCAACCCGCACUAUCUCGUGGAAGUGGUGAAGGGCUUCAUGUACCCGAAAUCUGCAGGUUCCUGUGCCGUGCCGGGCACGGAGACCGUAACAACCAUGAGGGGCACCGCCUACCGGGGUCUUCAGGUCCGGCGCAACUGCGUUCAUUUGCGGAGUGCCUCCGCCGGGCCGAUUCCGGGCAGAGGCAUCGAGAUCUUCAAGAUGGAUGCUGUCCUCGGCGAGAGCGAGCACAGCGGCGAAGCAGGUUGGCAUCCGACUCCCGCAAAACGCGCGCCGAAGGUCCUCCUGAAGCCGCGAGAAGGAGGGGGCGAAGAGGGCCAAGGCGCUGUGCUCCUGGGGCAAAGAGCCGAGGCAGCUCUCCACAGGACGAAUAGGACGGGGGAUUUCUCGUGCAACGACGGCUGCUUCGUAACACCCGUUUACAACGAGUGCCAGUGCAGCGGCUGCGAAGAGAAUCCGUUCUUCGAUUGUAACACUUGCGGCGGCUGCCCCUCAACCUGUGGUGACUGGGUUCCGUGCCCCAGUACUUUCACUUGCUUCUCCGGAGCCUCGAAGCCUGUUGACGUCUUCAACGAUGACAAGUGUGAUUGCGAGCUCUGCGAGGACGAGAAGUGGUGGACCUGCUUUAGCUGUGGCGACUGCCCCCUUGAUGCGGCCAGCGAUGCUGCAGUCGAUUGCACUGCUGUUCCCUUCACCUGCGACGAUGGCUGCGAAAUCAAUAGCACCAUGGUGAACAACUACAGGUGCGACUGCAGUAGCUGCGAGGAUGAGGACUUCUACACCUGCGAGUCUUGUGGCCUGGGAGUUUCCGCCUGUCCGACCAGCUGUGGGGAAGUUGCCGCGGACUGUCAGGAGGUGAUGGGGAGCUUCGUUGAGAACGAAGCCCGUCCCGGAGAGCCCUGGAGGAUUCCACUCCACUUCUACUUGUGCGAUGUCCCUGGCGAGCAAACCGUAUCCAGCUUGGUGACUCAAGAGAUGAUGCUGGACCAGAUGGACCAGCUCAACAGGGACUUCAAUGGCACGGCAGACUGCCCAGCAGUGCCCAUGUACACCCCCGCUACAGCCGAUGCCUUCAUUCAAUUCACCCUGGACGGCAGCACCCUGGUCGAAAGCGAUCUCUGCAAAACCUCCUGUAGCGAUCUCUCGGAGAUGAUCAGAAAUAGCCCAGGACUUGAGCGGGAAGAUGGCAAGAUCAAGGUCCUGGUCUGCGUUGUGGGCGAUACGUUGGGCAUUUCAAGCUUCCCUGGGGACCCGGAGGAAUCGCGACUCUUGAUGAUCGACGGUAGGACGAUGCCGGGCGGAAGCAUGUCGCCCUACAACCAGGGGAAGACGCUGACGCACGAGCUGGGGCACUACCUCGGACUCUGGCACACCUUCGAAGAAGGUUGCGAUUCCGCUGUCGAAGGAGACUGGGUUGCAGACACACCCUUGGAGGAAACGGAGCAUUAUGGAACUUGCACCACAUGGCGCAGCUCGUGUGGAUCCGGGGAUCCCGUGCACAACUUCAUGGAUUACUCAGACGACGUGUGCUUGUGCAGUUUCACGCCUGGCCAGGUGCAACGCAUGUGGUAUUACAUCCGCAACUUUCAAUCCGAUCUGAUGUCAACGACUGCCUCCAGCACUACAGUGAGCAGUGCCACCACCGGCGGCGUAAGCACUGGAACAACUACCGCCGGCGCUGCGAUCGGCUCCAGCACCACGGUGAGCAGUGCCACCACCGGCGGCGCAAGCACUGGAAAAACUACCGCCGGCGCUGCGAUCGGCUCCAGCACCACGGUGAGCAGUGCCACCACCGGCGGCGUAAGCACUGGAACAACUACCGCCGGCGCUGCGAUCGGCUCCAGCACCACUGUGAGCAGUGCCACCACCGGCGCAAGCACUGGAACAACUACCGCCGGCGCUGCGAUCGGCUCCAGCACCACGGUGAGCAGUGCCACCACCGGCGGCGUAAGCACUGGAACAACUACCGCCGGCGCUGCGAUCGGCUCCAGCACCACGGUGAGCAGUGCCACCACCGGCGCAAGCACUGGAACAGCACUACCGCCGGCGCUGAGAUCGGCUCCAGCACCACGGUGA